AUAAUAUAUGCGACCAUUGACCAACAAUAUUUUGUAAAGAAUUCACUUUCAACUGAUUUGGUGUUGAGCAUUAACAAAACGCUGAGAGUUUGACAGAAUUAUAUUUAAAACAACUUAUACAAACUUGAACUUACGAAAAUAUUGAAUCAGUUCACCGUCUUAUGAAUUACAUUUCAUUUCACAGUAAAAUGAAAAGCUUUUCCAUUUUUAUUUGUGUUUUAUAUGUUUUUUCAGGUGUGAUUGCUACGGAUUUGUCCAGUGAUGAAGCUCAAAGCCAAUACUCCAUCCAAAGUCUAUUGCAGAAUUUAUGUGACGACCAUUUUAUUGGAACAUUCUUUGAUGAGGAUUUGUACGACAAGAUUUUUCAAGUCGCUAAAUAUGGCGAAGAUUCAUUGAAGUAUGACAAUAUUGAGAUGCACAUUAAGAAUGAAACGACAUUUGAGGAACGUUUGGAAUACACUUAUAAUCUUUCAAAAGUGGCUGAGCCUGUUUGUUUGCAAUCAGCUUGUAUCAAGAAUGAUAAGUAUAUAGAGUGUAUGAAAACUAACAUAUUUUUAUCCACAAUUUUCCACGCCCUUAAUAAAAAUCCAUAUGACUUGAAACGUAUAAUUGACUUGAUAACAGAAACACAGCAUCAAGCAAAACAGACUUAUCGUGUAACUGAAAACCUUAAGCAACUUUUGAAACUGAAGUACGGUCCCAUCCAAGUAAGAAAUUUUCUUGAAAGAAGUGGUACUUCAUCAAAUGAAGCUUCAACUGACAGAGAUUUUGAAGGGAAUUUGAAACCACAGAUCACAAUCGGAACAUACAGAAGUGCACUAGUGAGUGACGACGGAUCAGAUCCUCAAUAUCUAGUAUCAGAAAGUUCUUCAAAAGCUGAUAUUAUUUUGGGAAAAAGGAUUAGAGUGAUCAGAGGAUCAAACAAUAAAACCCCUCAACCAAGUCUAUCAACAAUGAAUGAACGGGUAGACGAUUCUUUGGAUCUUUUAUCAAAUGCCAAUAUUGAAAAGGAAGUGGCAAUUCCAGACCCCACUGAAAAAUAUUCAAUUUCUUCUGAAUACGUAAUAAGUAUUAAUCCUACUGAAUCUAGCAUUCAGGAAAAAGAAAGGGAUGUAAUAUUUUUACCAGAGAAUAACCAUGAGUCAAAUGCUCAAAUGGAAUUGCCAAAUGUUUUGGAGAAUGAAACUGAAAUUUCUGGUACAGAAGAAAAUGAAGUUGGACUGACAAGCAGUCUGGAGCCUUUAGAAGAAUCAGUAAUCGAUAAUGGAAAUGAGAGUAGCCUGACAGAGUUUAUGAUUGAAAAUGAUCAAACUUCUCACAAAGAUGAUAAUUCACAAAUUAUAAUUGAAAAUCCUCACAAAGAUGAUAAUUCACAAAUUAUCAUUGAAGGGGCAAACGAUGUAAAUGAAACAGUAGACUUCAACAAUGAAAACUUGAGUUUGAAGGAGGAUUUGAAAGUUAUUGAUAACAAGAAACAGGAAGUGAAAAAAGGAAGUUCAUCAUGGUCAGGACUUGGUUCUGAACAGAAGAAAACUAUUGACAAUAGUGCAAUUGAAGCUACCCAUACUUCAAGCAGACUAGUUUUUGGCAUAACAGCUCUGCUAAUUGUUAUAGGUGAGAAUAUAGAAUAUUAG